AUGAAGAAGACGGCUCACGUUCUUGUUGGCUGGAUUUCUCUUGCCCUGUUCCUCGCCAAAGUCAAGGCCUCGUGCAGUGGUUACUACGUCCAGGAAAGUCAAGCACAAUGCGAGAUGGAAUGUAAAGAGAAGUCAGAAUGCUUUAGUAUCAACUACUACGAAGAACAGAAGAAGUGUCAUCUCAACAAGGCAACGCAUCUUUCAAGACCUCUGCACCUCGUGUAUGACAUGGGAGGGGUUUACAUUAAGAUAAAGAAUGAUUAUUGCAGUGAUGCAUACUGCAGUACAGGACAUAUUUGUUCCAUUGACGAUGCCGUAAACGAUUACAACUGUCGAGUAUGCAAGUCACCGCUUGGUUUAGAAUCAGGAAUCAUUCCAAACAACAGGAUCUCUGCUUCCUCUUUCUGCUGUUCUAUCGGCCACGAACCAUGGCGAGGACGACUCAGGAUGCAACCCAAAAUGCCCUACAGCUCUAGUGUAGAUGCCGGUUGCUGGCAAGCUAAAAACAAGGUUGCAGGGGAAUAUCUUCAGGUGGAUCUUGGGAAUGCUUACCGAGUUACCAUGGUAGCCACCCAAGGUAGACCAUACGCACAUARCACCUGGAYUACCUCAUAUAGUCUCUCUUAUGCUCUUAAUAAYGGGACUUUCACUGACUACAAGGUUGGAGGGGCACUCAAGGUCUUCCCUGGGAACACUGACCGUGACACUAUUGUGACAAACAAGCUACCAGAGUCAGUCAGAUGUCGCUAUAUUCGAUUUGUGUCUGUUACCUUUUCCGAAGCCCCUGCCCUGAGAGCUGAAGUCUACGGAUGCCCUGAUAACUGA